GUUUGUGUCUGAUUGAAGUGCUGAGUGGUAAGGAAGUGUUUGAUAACAUACUGCAGCAUGAAACGGUGUUCAACAAGAAAAUGGCUGGAGAAAAUCCGACCAUUCCGGUAACUAUAGACUGUGAAGAGCCAGAAAUUGUUUAGGAUUAUUGUGGAAUCAGAAUUAUACUAAUAAAAGUAAAUCGUGUCACUCGUGAAACCUUCAACUGGACUUAAUUUUCGUUAUUUUCCAUCAGAAUGAAUUUUCAUUUAGUACUGCAGGACACUGAAUCAAUAACUGUGGAUAAUGGUGUUUAAAAUUACAAUAUGUACGUGAUACAUCAUCAUUCUUUGUCGUUUGAUUCUUUGGCGAAAUCUUCUGUUAACAUGGACUCACAUUUUUCUUUCAGGGUAUUUCUGUUGAAGAAUUUGGAGAGGAACUUGCCAUAAAGCUCAAGAAAAUUAUGGUCGAGUGUCUGAAGCCAGAGAAAUCACGUCCCGAGAUGCAUUUUGUUCUCAACAUACUGAGAGGGAAAAUAUCCACACGCAAAAAUUCAGUGGAGCUGUACUGCGUUGGAACUGGGACAGGCACAACAGGUAUUGAUGCAACGACAUGGUUUUGGUCUUCGCGGAGUAGAGUAGAUCUACUCUGCUUUACUUAUCUAUAAGCCAUAACGUUGCGACCCAGUCUAGAGAGUAGUGAAUUCUUCCCUCAUCUCCACCUUUCUGCUCUUAGAUCCUAUGACUGUAAACGUACUGCGGCCUUUUAUGCCUAUCUAUUUACUCAUGAAAGGCAUGUAUUAAUACAGAGUAGUGGCGGUCCUUUAUGUUUGACCCACAAAAAGUUGCCAUAGUUCCAUGUAUUUUGCCUAGUGCAUGUUAAUCAUCAUAAAAAGGAUAUAGUUUAUAUAAUUAGCGACCAAUUCCGAGGCUGACGCUGAAGGAUGAAAUAAUGGCGACCACAAACACCACUCAACCCUCCCUACUCCCCAUACCUCCAUGUUAGGUGUAAAACGUACUCCAAAAGGAAACAUAGGAAAUAAUGAACUGACGUGUACUCAUGGCACUAUUUAAAACUGAUUUCAGCCGUCCUUCAUGGCCAGCCAAGCUCCUCUGCAAUUGUAUUUCACAAAGGGAAACCUUUGCUUAUGGCGGAUGUUGGAGCCGGUGUCGUCAAAGCUUGUAGGGAGAGACUUGGUCAGUAAAAUUCUCUAUCCUUCUUCCUUGAUUUGUCCGUGCUUUUUUAGACACCCUUUUAUUGCAUUCCCAGCUUACAACGAGUUCCCAAGGAAUGUUUUUAUCACACACAACCACCUGGAUCAUGCUGGUGAACUGCCUUUGCUCUUCGUAUUCGAGAGCAAGCGGAGAUAUUUGGCUGGCGAACCUCGCUUGAGGGUGCUCUCUGGCCCAGAGGUGCAACAAAAACUGAAGACACACAGAUUGGACGAGAUGCUCAGUCUAUAUACACCAGUAAGUCAUAGGUCACUCUUACACUCUUUCGAGUAUGAUGCAAACAAAGGUAACUUGCACAAAUGGAGUGACAUUAAUCAAACUGAUUAUUCUUUGUGACUUUUUUCUUCGAUGGAAAAAAAUUAUAGGAGAGCUGCUUCCUUGUAAAAUGUCUAAAUGGCUCUGUGUUAGAUCUUUCAUGCUUGAAUCAUUCAUCAGUAUUAUUAUUGCAAGAACAUGCCUUUUACAAAUCCAGUCGCGAACAGAGAACAUCAAAUACCGACCACAGUGAUAUCUAUCUAAAUAAAUUGAUUCGUUUAAAUUCUGUUGUAAGGGUUAAGUAAGUACGUUAUAGCCCACUCUCGGAAGGAAUUGUGUGUUACAUCAGCCAAGUUGAAGCAACGUAUGAAACAUAGCAGUUAAAACGUGGUUUUUUUUUGUUCUUCCGUGCAGGAACAAGUUGCAGACUGGCUGGCGUGUGAACAAGAUGGAAGUCCAACCUACUUGGAUGAUGAUAAACAGUUUUUUAUCAAAACUUACAAGACGCUUCAUAGCGAAAUCUGCUAUGGUAGGCUUGAACGUUUAUCAGAAUAAUCGUUUGUGUCGACAAGACAGUAAUAGUAUGAUUUAAUACAAGGUGGCUGGAGACAUAGAGGUCUAAGUCACGCUUUAGAAUUAACGGUUCCCUUUUGAGAAGUGGAUUAGGUCAUGGUGUUGUACUGUUAGGCAAUUCAAGACCAGCUUAAUUCUCACAUCUCCAUUCUGGGAUAGAAUUAAGGUGGAAGGAAUUUAAAUGUCAGCCGGUGAAUUACAAGCGAAAUAAGUUUAUUUAAAAAUGUCGCUCACUUCUGAUAGUCAAACCCACUUUUCAUAUUUGAUAUUUCAAGUCUGAAAGCAAACGAGACUGAGUUUUCACUUUAAGUUCUUUUCCAUAGGAUUUGUGCUCUACUUCAAAGAGGAACCAAUUCUUGGUUACUGCGUAGACUCUGGCUUCAGGGAGGACGUGUUCGAGUUCUUCUUCCAGGCCUCCACCGUGAUUGUUGAUGCGAGGGACAAGGGCACUGAGGAACACGCUUCGGUGGGUACUUAAUUUUCAGGUGUACAAAAUAAAGUUAUAAUUUUCUAAAUAGAAACCAUGAAACGGCAAAAAUUUAGUUAUAUAUACACUGGUCUGUUCUUAACUUAAAACUCUCUCCACCUGAAAAACAUGGAUCUUGCACAGUUAAGUUGGAGAACCUUAAUACAAAGCCGUAUAACCGAUGUAAGCAGAAUCUGUAGAAAUCGUUCAAGGUAUGUCUUUAGAUUUAGUUGUUGCUUUUAUUUUAGGCCGCUCAGCGGCGCAACUGAUGCAAUUAAGGAGAUAAGAGAAUAAAUCACGUUCCCAUCAGUUGCCUUAAUGUGCUCGCGUAUGCUAGGUUUGUGCUUGUCAGACACUUUGAGGAGGGACCAACUUCAAGAGGUCUUUGAGCUUACUGUGAACAUAAAAAGCUUACCCACCGACUACCAUUAACCAAUCCUCUCUUGUUUUAGUUUGCAGAAGUUGUUGAAUACGUUCAGAGAAUUCAGGUAAGCGACUCUUAGCUUUUUAACAUUUUUUUGUUUUGUUCUGUUUCUAAGUUACGUAAGCUUUUACAGUUUACAUAACGAUAGUAUAUUUACCAAUGCGUCUUAGAGUCAACGAAGAUAUUUUUUUCAUAUUUGCCUCACUCUUCUUCAAAACAUUUAAAAUAAAACCUUACCUUGAUUUGAACCGAUUAAACUUCACUAGUUGCUCCAAAGAUAGUCGUGAUACUGGGUACAAGGAUGAGACGAAUCUUAUCCUGAGGCGUGGUGGUGAAGACGUGUUGCAGUAUCAUAUUUGCGAGUCUUGUCCAGAACAACUCGUGAUACACUGUGCCGUGUCGAGUGAUACUUUGACUCCACGAUUGAGAGAAAAUGUAAAAUUACCUUCAGUUUGAAAUAAAGUCUCAUUUUUGCUCAGUGACUCUGAACACUUUGAACCAUGGCUCUAUCUUUAUGAAUUCUUUAAAAGUGUGAAAACCAGAAUAAAUUCGCUACAUAUGCGAAAGGUUUCCUGAGGCAUAACCCGGUACUGCUUUGUCAACUAAAUUGUACGCAAUUCCCGUCGAUUUCUGAGAUGUAAAACUAGUCGAUCAUUUUCCUUUAAUUUGUGUUAGCCUCUGAGUUGGACGGUCCAAAUGGACGAUUCCAGCGGUGGUGCUGAAAGAAACUAGGUUAUGUCUAUGUCCAAUAUUCACUUUCUCGACAAAAUCCUAAGUUAAGUACCGGUAAAAGGUUUGGAAUGUUGCGUGACAACUGAAAACCGAGAGAGGCAUUAUCUCUUAUCGAUACUAACUACCAACACAUCCACAUUAGCUACCUUCAAGUAGAAAGUUUGUAGUUAGGCUGUGACUGUGUUGACCAUUCCCCGACUCUAAACAUUAUCUUCUAUUUUUUGCAGCCUUCAGACACCAAGGUGUACAUAACUGGAUACGGUGUCGACGCAGAGUACCCGGAGGAAGGACUGACAGGAGUAGAACAACUGCGAGCGGAUCAAUACAUCACACUCUGGGAUGAAGAAACCAGUGGCCGUUAGUUCUAAAAACCAAAUCAAGUUCCUCUAGGAUGAAUAGCAAGCGCACCCAUUUUAAAUGAAGUUUACCAAAAAUCUCAUUUCAUGCUCUUUAACAAUAGGAAGACUGUAUUUAUUUUAGUGAAGUCUUUAAUUUGUUAUGAUUAGAGAUAUAUUUGUAUAUUUCCGGUCGGUUUUUGGAUGUGAAAUUUAAAGCCAAAUCACAAUCGUUAACUUUGAGAAAACCACAAGAUAUGAAAAGGAAGACCAAAGAAUAAAGAAAGAACGAGAGUGGAUUUUAUUGGAGAUCAGUGGAUGAGGAUAAUAAACGAAGAACUUUUAAAAUGGUUUGAGAAUAUUAAAACGAAUUGAUUCAAUGUUUCGUAGUCAUCCCGAUGUCACCUUCGAGAUAGCAAACGAAAAGAAACUAAUUGAAAAUUUAAAGUUAGUGUUCAGCCAAUAAAAUGUAACACUUUAAAUGUAAAAUCCACCGCUCGCUGAUCAUGGUAAUCAAUGUAAAUGUUAAACCCUUUGCUGCUGACAGAAGGUUAUGUGCUGUUUUCGUUGACCCCUGUUUGUAGACUAAAUAUCACCGCUAAUUUCCAUUCAGCCAAGCUUGCCUUUCGAUGCGUGGAUUCAAAAAUCGAUAGAAUCUUCAAAGUCACAUACUGCUGGAAAAUCGCUAAUGUUGAACUGAAAAAGAAAACCGGCGCUGAGUUGAGCUGAAAGUUAGGGUAAAAUAGUUUGUUGUUCGAGGCUUUGGUAGGAAUAUUGAAGGCAAGCGAGAGGGCGUUUGGUUGUUACCGGAUGCCGCUGGCACAUUAUUAAUUG